UAUGUCGCACGUCUCGUUUAGACACACGGAACACGGAUUGUUCUCGAGAAGAAAAAACAUCUUGAAAAUUUGAUCAUUUUCUAUUAAUCAUAGUUAUAUGACGCGAGGACAAUGAAUUUCAUGGGCUUGAGAGCGGCCUUAAUUUUGUUUUUUUCAUGUCAAGUAUCAAGUCUUCAUGUUUUACAUGCUCCUUCCCUGAACUGUACAACGGAGGCAAUGCCAUGUGAAGUUCACAUAAAUAACUGUUUAUACAGAGGAUGGCUGCAGGAGUGGCAGUUCACCCCCAGUGGUCCUGUAGAUCUGGAGGUGCACACAGACGUGAGGAAGGAUGAGAAUGGAGACUUGGUACCUGUAAUUGUUGCUCGGUGGAAAGCAAGAGACGAUGGAAGCAUUUCCUUUUUGAAUGGAACAGAGCUUCAAGUGUCCAAGGCAGCCAGCGGGCAGCACCUGUGUGUUCAUUACAUAUUUCUUCAGAAGUUUCAAUCCAUGAGAAAUCCCAAUGGUCAACAGUGGUCAUUUUCUCUGGAUAAAGUGGCUGUUAAGCCAGAGGAGACAUAUUUUGUGUCUGUCACCAACCUCCCCAAGCCAAACCUAUACCAUACUAACUACAACAUCACCAAAAUUGUUGUUGUGCCUGGUUGUAAAGACCCUGCUAUACAACGGACCAAAUUCUGCCUAGAAACAGGGGCACUAUGGCAGCCCAACAUUACCAUGGAUUCCACUCACCUAGAUGGCAGGACCCUCUUUGUUACCUUCAGUAACACAGAGCUUUCUGAAAACUAUAAAGUCUUUGUGAAGUGUAAGGAUGUCAAGGAAAGUAAGAGUCUUAAAAAGAACAACAGUUCAUUUGUAAAUGUUACAUUUGACCUCGAGGCUUGGCCACACACGUGCUGCAUUUUUAAUGUCCAGAUCCAGCCUUUUUUUAUUAUGUGUGGAAAUGACUGCCAUCGAAAGAGCCGCAGUUUUAACAUAUGUCCAGAGCCACCUGCGCCACCUCCAAAGCUCCAGAUCUGGUGGAUUGUUCUAGCUGUGGUGUUUCUCCUGCUCUGUAGUCUGGCUGUUUGCGCCAUCUGUUUGCAGAAGAAGCAAAAUGAUGUAGAAAAAACACCUAGUGAGUCCCUUCUCCCAGAGCCUGUUCUACCUGAUGAGCGGUCUGUGCUGAUCAUCUACUCCCGAGACCACCCUCAAUACACUGAUAUAGUACUGAAGCUCUGUGCCUUCCUGAGGGCCAAGUGUGGCACGCAGGUUUACCUGGACCUCCUGGACACGACCUCCGUCGGAGUCAUGGGCCGCCUGCAGUGGACGGAGCUACAGAAGCGACGAAUAGAGAGGUCUUCAGACAAGGUGCUGGUACUGUGUUCACGGGGGGUUCAGGCCAAGUGGGGGGCAAUGUGUGGGCAGCCCCGCGUUCUCUUGAGGGAGGACGUCUGCUCACCAAUGGGGGACAUGCUUACCCUUGCCCUGCAGCUCAUCACACCCGACAUGCAGCGCCCCGCCUCUUACGGCAAGUACCUGGUGGCGUAUUUUGAAGAUAUAAGUGGUGAACAAGAUGUCCCUUCCUUGUUUGACCUAGCAGUCAAGUACAAGCUUAUGAAGCACUUUGAAGAGCUUUACUUUAGAAUCCUGGAUCUGGAGAAAUAUCAGCGGGGGAUGGUUCACACAGUUGAGGGCAUUGGCAUAGAUGAGUAUUUCAGCUGCCCAUCAGGAAAAGCCUUGAGGAAUGCAAUAGAAACCUUCCAGGCAUAUCAGUUAGAAAAUCCAGACUGGUUUGAGAAGGAGUGCCUAAACAAUGAUGAUGAGGGUCUGGUAUCAGAGAUCAGCCCUUUUCUUAACCAGUGCACCCCUCCAAUUCAUCAGUGUAAGCCUGUGCUAAACCAUGGUCCCCCCAUAUGUGAGUAUGAAGUAGAAAUACACGAGGACAAGACUCGGUGUGUAUGGACUUCUGAAAUACCCCAUCUUAACCUGGAAUUUGAGGAGCCUUCUGUGCUGAGUAUCCAGCCAGCCCACAACCAAGUUUACUCCCUGUGUCCAGCUGUGGAGCUACCACCUGGCUUACACACAGCUGGUGUGGCCCACAAUGGCUCAGACAGCCAUGCCUGCUCCUUGGCUGAACCUGCACUACAGGACCAUGUCCCACCAAGCAGGAAUGAGGUGGUUGUGAAGGGGGGAUCACUAGCAGAUGGUUGCUCAGUAGAAGACAAUGAGCUGGCCUUGCACCAACUGCUCGACCUCCAGCUUUCUCUGGCGUCCUUGGAGGUACCAGCUCCUCCACCCUCUCUGGAUGAUUCCAACCAGGAAUCUUGGGAUAUGCACCCCUCCCAGCCAAUGGAGAUGGAUGAAAAUGAGAGGGAAGCAGCUUCAGGGGAAAGACCAUCUAGAUGGUCAGAUCAGGGAUAUAGUUCCAGAGACUCUAUCGUAAGGGAGGAGCCUUCAUCGUCUUCUCUCGCUGCACUGGCCAAGUUACAGGAAGCUCUCUACUUGAACAGUCCCAUCUCCUCUGGCUUUUGCACAGAGACAAUGGACAGUUGAUGUUUUGAUUGGAUUCUAGAUAGGUUUUUUACACAUUUUUACACCCAUCUUGUGUGGUACCUAGAACUGCUGGCCACUGCUGUUCUUUGGAAAAUCUAAUUUUGUUGUAUUUAGUGAAAAUGUGUUUUACACUAAAACAUUUAUUUGAAUGUGA